AUGAAUCCCAACGAGGGAUCCGAGGAGAAGGCAGCCCAAGAGGGCGCACAGGGGGGUGAACCAAAGGGGGUUCAGAUGGGUGAGCAGAAGGACCCAUCAAAGGUAGCCCAAAGCAGUGAACAGAAUAUCACACCGCAAGGUACCGAAACGGGUCCACAGAAGACUGAUCAGAGGAGGCCCUCCCAAGGUGACCCCAAACAGGACAAUGCUAACGCGAACAAAGAAGACACGGAGAAAACCGUAAAGGACUACAAUAACAUUAAUGACAUGAUCAGCUACAUUAUUAAAGUCGGAGUGUGGGAAAUGUAUACAUACGAGUGGCUAAUGAAUAGGAAAACCUUCCUUUACUACAAUACGUACGUAGAGAAUUAUUUCUUUUACGACAAAAACAACAAUUUGACGCCAUUUAAUGAGAAGUACUUUUUUUUAUAUGUAAUUACAUUUGAUAACACCGAUUUUGUAGCUAGCUUUUUUUUUAAAAAAAAUGAAAAAAAAAAUAACGUAAAAAAAAUAAAAUUAAGUAGUUACACAAAAACCAUGCAAGGAAGGAGAAAAAAACAGGAAGAUAGGUAUACAGUCAUUAACGACAUGACAAAGUAUAUAGAUGCUUAUGAUUACAAAACUUUAUUUUUUUAUAAGAGAAAUCCAUUUUAUUGUUUUUCCGUAAUUGAUGGACACCGAGGUAUAAAGGCGUGCGAAUAUUGUAUGACUCACAUUGUGAAAAAUAUUAUUUACUACUUUUAUAAUCAAGACAAUGUCAGACAGGAUGAAUUUAAACUUGGCUCCUCGUCUGCCACGAAGGAUAAUAAGCAGGCUCCCUCUGGUGGUGAAAGUUGCGCGGAGAAGGGCAGUACGCAUAAAAGGGAGGUCCAAGGCACGACGGCCAAAGGACAAACCCAGGAAGGAAUCCAAAAGGAUGAAAAUAAAAGGUGUGAUGAUAGCAGUUCCACAGGCUGCUCCCGCCAGGACUCUUCCACAGGGGAUGAAAAGAAAGACUCCCCGUCACGUAGCAACACACAAGAGAGCGAAAAGGAGGAAGGUAGAAGCAAGGACAAACGCGUGAUGUCAAAGGAACAAAUUUCAAAAACUAAGAAGAGAAGAAUAGACAGCAGCGACAUUACAGAGAGUGAAGAAAAUCCAUCAGAGAGGGAAAGCGAAGAUGACGAUAAGAAGCGUAACGGAGGAAAGGUAAGCCCCGAUUCUGAUGGAAACUUCAGGAAAGAAAAGGACGAGUGUAACCCUACCUCCAUAACGGAGGAUAAAGCAAAAACAACAAUCGCCAAUACCAGUGCAGGGGGCCAAAAAAAACUUGUAUUUUUAGAAGACCUCACAGAUGAAGAAAUCAUGAAUUGUAUAAAACUCGCCUUCUUAAGAACAGACGAACAGUUCCUUAAAAUUUCCAAAUUUCCUAAUCAUGGCUGCACGGUGAUUUCCCUCAUUGUUAUAAAGAACAAAAUGUUCAUUGCCAACCUUGGGGAUUGUCGGGCCAUAGGCAUCGUCAAUGUGAACAACACGUUGAAAGCGGAAAUGCUAUCGCAGGACCAUAAGCCUAAUGAACCCAGGGAAAGGGAGCGGAUAAAAAAAAUGGGAGGUGAAGUCAUCUGCAUGCAGAACGUAUUCAGGGUUAAGGCUAACGCGAAGAAGACCACUUCGGACCCUUCCAAUUUGCUGGAUCGUUUGCCCAUGAAGGAGGAAGUUUACCUUGCGGUUUCCAGAGCCAUAGGAGACAAGGACUUCAAAGAGAACAACGUGGUGUCAGCCCUGCCGGAUGUCGUUUGCAGAGAGCUGUGCGACGGAGACAAAGGGAACAAGGAAUCGGAAAAUGAAAACGAAAAUGAAACUGUUGAAUGUUCCGACCCGACGGUAAGAGUCCAAGUGGAAGAAAACUAUUUCAAAGAAGGUGAACCAUUUUUCUUUUCCCCGGACGAGAUGAAUUACCUGUUUGUUGUUUUGGCUUGUGAUGGAGUGUGGGACACCCUGUCCAAUAAGGACGUGGCCCAGAUUUUGCAAACCUACCAGCACGACCCGGACAAGGCCUGCAGCGAAAUUAUAAAAACGGCGUUUGCCUGCGGAAGUCAGGAUAACAUAACCGCCAUUUUGUUAAAAUUUUACUGA